AUGUCUGGGAACGAAUCUGCCCCAUUUACAAAAAGCGCCGAAGAGAAUAUCCCUGACAGUACCGAUUCUAGCGUGCGUUAUGCUGCGUACGCCAGUCGAUUACGGACGAUCGCUUUGGCAUCGCAUCGAUACGUCGCUUACACGUCAGAUAUCGGAGAGUCUUUCAGACCUGUUUUUCCACCAGCUACGGUGAAGUUGGGUUAUGGUAUAUCGUGGCUAUACAUCCUUGGUGACGUGUCCUACGUCGCUUGGGUGGCUAAGUUACAAAAAGAAGGGAGAUACAGACACGGCUUAAAGCCCUGGGACCCACUUCCCCCAGUGAAUGAAGAGCUGGCCAGUUCAGGCGCGCUUGAAGAGCUGCCUGACUGGAAAAUGGUUGGAGUGGAGAGAAUGCUUUUCCAGAGCAUUGCUUCGAUGGGGUUGCCUGCCUUCACCAUCCACUCUACCGUCAAGUAUUCUGGGAAAUGGUUCAAUGCCCAAUUCCCAAAGAAUGCGGCUCUACGUACCUGGGGUCCCAUUGGCCUUGGUCUCAGUAUCGUCCCAGCGUUACCAUACCUAUUUGACAAGCCCAUUGAAAACCUGCUGGAGCAAAUCUUCCAUCCAAAGCCCAAGCAAGAGUAG